UGCCUGCUCUAUGGUUGUUUGCAUCCGCCAUAGGUGGCAUACCGUAGAUAUGUCGCCCAGCCAAAUGGACCCGAUUUUAAGCUGGCCGGACGUCUGAGUGUUUUGCUUGUAUCGUUAAUCGCAUUUACUAAUCGCGGAUUACGCACUACUUGAAUCACAGCAUUAACUUGCUUUGGUGACACUUUGUGCGUAGAUAUGCACGUGCGCCGAUUCGGGUCCUGCGUGCAAAAAAACUUGCAGCCAGAGUUGAGCCGCAAAUAUGGGCUUUCACGAAGCACUUUACCCGAAACACGCAGUGAUCUCUUUGAGAUACAGCAAUUGCUGUAGAUUUAACUUCACUUUACGUUUGCCUAGGUGCGUUUGGUUGUUUGCCCACGCCGAGACUGAAGCCAGCAAUCUUCAACACGCUUCUUCGGCACCGGAGAUGAGUAAGAGCGUCGCAUAACAGGCCGCUUACAUUAGAUUGGUAUCUGCAACAAUCUACUUUAAAAUAUAGCGAGAGUCUCCGGGGCCGGCAGACGCGAAGAUGCUCUGCAAUACAAAAAUGGUUUAUCAGUUGUCGGCGCUGGUCCCGAAAAGCAAAAUGUUUCCAGCAAGAUCUAGUCCUAUUUGCCUGACAACUUCAAUUUGAACGCAAGAGUUCUACUUCGGAACCGAUUGUAAACACAUUUGGCAUCAUUGAAUGCAAUGACGAAAAGCUCGAAACAUUUAUGAUCGAGAACUAUGUAAAAAAGAUACGCCAGAGGCUCUUCGUGCCUCCGAACAUUGCCACGAGUGUCUAUAGACAUUGGUAAAAUCUCAAGCACCACUGGUAAAAGGUAGUCCAAUGAGCUGAUGAUGUUGAUACCUACAGAACAUGGUAUAUUGAGUAUAUGUAUUUAGAUUCGUUGAACGACCUUCGGAUAGCUAGUUUAACCGUUAGCUCAAAUGUAAUGACAAGGUAAUGAUAUUUUAGCGCAUCUUGUGAAGCUUGAGAUUCACACAAAGACACUCUUUGUUUUAGCAGUUCGAAAGUUUCCGAAAAUCGUUCCGACGUAUUAAAGAUAUUUCUCUUAGAUCCAGCAUUUUUCAAGCCGUUUUCAAGGCCAAUUGGAUCCGCGUUUAGGUUGUGCUUAGCUCCCGUAGUUCGUGCUUAGCGAGAUCCGCACGACAAAAAGUGGUGAAUCGUCGGGCCCUUUGCUUUCUCUAACUCCUUACACAAAUAGACUUCCAGAAUCAACUCUUCCUCCGUGGCUCAAUAUUAUCAUCUCUGAUCCGUACAUAAGCCGGCAAACCUACUCUCACUUUUAUCCUGUUCCUCUUACUAUUCCAUUGUUGCACCAGUUGGUUGUGCCAAGUGAAUUUCCCAUCUGUUCUACGAUCAGUCUAUAUUUGUAUCUAUUUAUCCACACUGGCCCCCUGCGCUGAGUCUUCUUUCUCUUUCCCGCCACACGGAGCCUCCUCUCCACGAUUGACUCCUCCUCGCCCACUAUGACAUCGCUGUAGUGGCGGUGACGGCACCCGUGGCUUCAGCAUCACUCGUUAACAAACAGCACUUCGCUAGCCGGAAUAGCGGAGUUGUUAGAUUCCGUCAAAUCGGGAUUGGGACUGCUUUUUGCCGUCGCUUUGACCAGCGCAUAUAGAAUUUUGCUCUCGCAACUGUAGUUGAACAACAAUCGCACUGGCCAGUUUUAUUUUUUCCUGUCUUGGAUUUCCCUUAAAUAAAUUGCGUCAAGUUAGUCGCUGUCUGGUAGCGCCAUCUCAGUUGUCUCCAGUUGAUCUCGAUUCGAUUGCUUGCUUCACUGCCCUUUGUUUAAUUCGAUUUGUUACCGUUGCGAGUAUCCGCAAGUGCUGUCGACAUGACGCAAGGAAGAUCUGUGUUGGCGAUUAUCUGACCAGUCAAUGAGAGUGACAACGGAACAGGCCAAUAUAGACGAAUUAUAGAGUGUAUCACCGGUUGCCGCUUGGAUUGUUUCUGUGAUGCUUACGGUGUAGCUUGGUGUUUACGAGACUUCCUACCCAGGCUGUUGUCGCUGCCCAGUAUAACCACGAUAAGUGCGCUCUGAUAUGAGGUGACUGAAGGAGUGAAGACUGGAAAUAGGGGCUGCGCAACAACAGUAUCCAUAUCUGUGGGUAGGCAAACAUUUCUGUAUAAUAGUAGUCGUUAGAAGUGCAAACGCUUUGUAGAAAAUAGAACGAUCGACACGGCGGCUUACCACUACAGUUAUAUCGUACAAAUAGUAUAGCGCUCAAAAGCAACUUCAACAUGGUGCAGAGUUGCGGACUCGCUUGCAUUAAAACGUUAUUGUUCGUGUUCAACUUUCUGUUCGCGGUAUGCGGCAUAGUGGUCAUCGUGUGCGGCGCGGUAUCCCUGCACUUCAUGAAGGGGACAGGCCCUCUCAUUGGAGAGAACUACGUCAGCGCUCCCAUAGCUCUUAUAGUGAUCGGUGUAGCCGUAUUUCUGCUUGCUUUCUUAGGAUGCUGUGGCGCUUCUCAGGAGAGCUACUGCAUGCUCACGAUGUUUUCAACGUUGCUGUUCUUAUUGUUGUGUGCCGAGAUCACAGUCGGCGUUCUGGCCUUCGUCUAUCGCGGCAAAGCGAAGGAGAUCACCGAGCAGCAGUUAAGAGCAUCAAUGCGCGACUAUUACAAGCGUGGCGAGGUCAAUCCGGCAAAGCAAGCUUGGGACUUUGUACAGAAGCAGCUGGAGUGUUGCGGAGUGACUUCAUCCACGGACUGGGUCAACCUGGAGCAACCCGCUAGCAUACCUGAGUCCUGCGGUGCUAACCCGAGCGCACGCCCGGGCUGUAUGGAAAUGCUUGUUCAGAAGGUCGAGAAGUUCUCCGUGUACGUCGGCAUAGCUGGCUUCGUCAUUGGCGCUAUUGAGCUGAUAGGCAUCUGCUUUGCCUGUUGUCUGGCCAACGGGGUCAAAUCAUAAAUCGAUAAUCGAGUGUACGUUUGAGGUCGAAGUAACAGCAGUCAAAAUGAUUCAAGAAGAAACAUGACGAUACCAGUCGAACUGUGGAUGUGCAUCUAUUACAUUGUUAAGCCCAUAGAAAAAUUAACGUGAAGAAGGUACUAAUAUAUAAAUCAUAAAAUUCAUUGAAUGGAACCGAACGAUUAGAAAUCAAACGAGCAUAGAACGGUGAAAAGUUCACUAUUUGUACCAUGAUGUGCGAUGCAUGACCACUUGGUCGAUAGAUGUAUCCCUAUAUAAAAACCAGGGAGGGAACCAGCCAAGGGCGAGCUGUAUACGGGGAUUGUGUAUAGGUAUGCGGUACCUGAAAAAGAUAAAGAAUAAAUGUCGAAUGUAUAGAUAAAAUAUCCAUGAAAACUUCUUGAACUAGAGCAGAAAGAAAAGAAACUUCUGGACAUCAACGACAGAUUGAUUCCCCAAUGCAUUUCAGUGUGCCUGAUCGCUGGAACUUCAUUACGAGCCCGAGUUACGGGAGUACUAAUGAUGUGUUUUUACUGAAGUAAAUUAGUGAACUUACAAUAAACUCGAUUUGUAAAGUAACUCCUCAAUGAUCCUGCGCUCCAUGUCAAGCGAUUGUGCUCCCAACGACAAACAUGUGCCUGACAGAGGACGGUGGAUACCUUUUAGCUUUAACGACUGUCUACAUUCUCUCUGGUAAAGCACAAUUCUAAAAGUUGACUAAAGACACACAUUACACAUAACGGAUGCAGGCACUGGUGAUAAGGCGCAUUGUGUCAUUUAUUACGGACGUAUAACGUCGAAACGUGCAGGGAAAACAAACAGUAUUCAUUGAAUAAUCGAAGAGUUGAUGAGGUAAAUGGAGACAAAGUGAUGAGACAUAUGUGCAUAUACCUUAAGUUUGGUACUCCGCUAAUCACCAGCGCCGAACGACGAAGUGGACAAAGCCUAUUUAGUAAGUCUGCUUGACUAAUGACAAUUUCACGUUUGGCGAAUGUCCUUCCGAGCCAAUGGAGAAAUAAAAGGACCGGUUACCGUAACAUGCACAUAACGCAACAAGCAACAUUAUAUAUAGUUUAUACAACAAAUAUGAGCAUCGGAAGAUAAUUAAUUCGUUGAGAAAGUAAAAGUCCUUUUAAAAGAAUUGAACGAAUACAGUGGCAACAAUGCGCGAUAAGGAAUCCGAUUGAUUGCAUUUGCGCCAUUGCUACAUCCACCGCGUGUUAUAUAUAUAUAUAUAUAUAUAUGUCGAAUUUAACUCAAGACGUCACCAAUUAGAAACAUGCGAUUUUGCAGGUACGACAUCGUUUCCAAAGCUAGAAAACUAUUGGUAAACUAAUUCUGAAAAAAUCAGGUAAUUUUCUUGUUGUUUCAAAAAACAAUUGAGCCGUCAUUUAUAAUUAAUUUUCUGGUACCUUUUCAAAAUAUCUUAUUUUAUCAUUAUACAUACUUAUUUACAUGUAUCCAGUACCUCGGUGCGGAUGGCUUCUUUUAUACUAUAAUAAAAGUUAUUACUAGUUUUUCUUUUUCUUUACUGAAGCACUGUGAUUUAGAAGUUGACCCUUGUUGUCCUUUUGCUGUAACCCGGCGGAUCGCUAAAUCAUCAGUUCGAUUGGAAACUAAUUAUCCAUUAGACGCUGUGAAUGAGGCGAGACCUCGAAAAAGUUCGGCUGUAGAAUAUUUCUGUCAUGUAAAAACAUGAUUAAAAAAAUCAUUCGUGCGCCCAUAUAACCAUCGACACCACAUCAUCUUUGCUACGGAAAUUUGUGCUGUAAAAGUAGCAAGACGACGCGUCAUUACGUACGAGAACGUUUCCACUCUAGUCAGAAUCCCGUGUGGUUAACAAAAGAGGAAUAUAACUACACAACGUUUAUCCAUAAACAGUUACGUACAUAUAACAUGUAUUAUGAUUAUUAUUAUUAUUGCGUGUAAGUAUUAACUAUUGUCGGUGACACAACUGCUAUUAAGAUCCAACUGUCGCAUCCAAUGGAACGUUACUUGAUAGGGAAAAAGCAAGAUAAGUUGAAUCGUAGCAUUAAAAUCUGUUACUGUCUUGCCCUUUUCGGCUCUAAUCUUAUCCUGAAACGAUUAUUACUGCAGUCAGCUUUUCGGUCAAAUUUCUAUAUAUAACUUUAGUUAAAGUUGGAGAUCUUGCCUGAAUCCAAACAGAGGGUUGGUAAUUGAACGCCUUGUGCGGCCGACUGAUUGCCGGCUGCGAACAUUUUCAAUCCCAUGGUUUUAUAUAAUGUUAGAUAUUGAUGACAGAAGUAUAUUUAUUGUGUCAUAUAUUGUAAUCUUUCAUAAACGGUUUCAGUGCCACAUUUUCAGUCAUUUUGAUCUGUUCUUAGUACAUUUCUAACUUGAUUUUUACUACUCCGAGUAGUGCCGGUAGUUGGUGUGUCUAAGGAUUUUCGUGUAUUUCGUAUGGCCUACCUUAUAUUUUUGCUGUAAUAGUUAACGAACCUCCUAAAAGAGCGUUCGUUUCUAGUUUUCGUAUCGUCAUCGCGGUGUUACGUCCUUCUGAUUCAUCCCAACCGUUUCGGUAGCUCCGUCAAUUAUAAUUACUACCAUGCCAUCAUGACAAAAUCCUCAAAUUAAUAUGCGAUAUUAUGUAUAUCCGUUAAUGCAUGUGAAAGGAAUACUUUUAAGCUUAGGCGCUGAAUUUUUGUAGGUCAGCGGACUAUACAAGCUAGGGGGUAAACCUAGGUUAUGCAUAUGUAUCCAGACUUUCACCGGCUGCGGUGCCGUUUUAGCUAGCAGCAUAUCUUACACAGCUUUGGGCGAAUUACACCCACGUCAAUCGGCUUGACCGAUGUCGCUUUACAGAAAUGGAUGCACUUUUUAAUGCUUGCUAUUGACGUCUAACUGAUCCAGCUAAAUCGAGCUGCAAAAAGAGGUCGUAAAACGUAUAGUAAUGGGAUGGGUUGACGUGACCAACAGAAGCGUCUUGGAUUUGGUUUGUUCGUUGUCUGUCUGACUGUUGAAAAAUUAGAGCCGAGUAGGAACACUAAGUUAAGCUUUUAGGACACAGGCAUGAACACACAAAAAUAUAAGCUGAUCAAUAUCCACGCAACAGCUCACAGCAAACGUUCUAAAGACGAAGACGACAGUUGUAGUGGUGCGCAAAAAUAGAAACAAGCACCCGUGAUAAUGGCCGAAUAUAGUUCUUCGACAAGCACAAUAAUCCGAAAUUGAUAGACAUUUAUACGCUAACGAGGAUUGUUACUACACCGAGAGACAAAGUACGACAGACCGAUCAUCGCGGGUCAUACAGUAAAGGAAACGGAUUGCAAUUCAAAUUGCAGUUUCAACGCAAGGGACAGUUUGUAGCAAUUUAUAUGAAUGAAAAAUGAUAAUAGCUUCAAUCAUUAUUAUAAUACGAUUGAAGAGAAAUGAGAUAAUGGAUAUGAAGAGUAAAUAUAGCUAAAAAAAUACAUACAAAAAUGAAUUAAUAUAUAAUGGUAGAUGGUUGGGAUGAAAACAAGGAAUACCCUCAUAAAAAAUCAACGGCGACUGUCAGAGAAAGAAAUCUAUAUUGGUACCACUAUGAUUACGUAAGAGCGCAAGAGUAUGGAAAAAAAACAAUACAACAGCAAUAGUAUCACAGCAGUAACUUUUUGGGUAAAAAAUGAGACGGAUAAAAAAUGUUCAAUGACAAUGUUUGCUACGGUGUUUGGCUAUGUUAUUGAAGUAAUAAAGUUUAUUAUUUAUAACCCCAAAGAAGUGUCUAAAUCUAAAUACAAC